UAUUUAGGGGAGCAAUUUGAAAUUCACCAAGCCGUUUUUGUUCUUUCGAGCCUUCUCAAUACGACAUUACCCUCUCUUCCCAAAUCCACAAAACGACAUCCAGCUCAUUCCUUCUCCAUUUUCACAGAACCCAGCAUUUUCGUUACCUUGUUUUGACCCAUUCACAGCCAAAUACCCAUCUCUCACUCUUCAUUUCCAUCGAUUCCCCCCAUUUCCAAACUAUCCUCUGACUCUGCCACCGCUCGCAGCCCCACUCUCCGGAAACCUGCAACCCCAUCGAAGCACAGACCCGCCGCCGCGCCGGACCACCAGCUCCCGCGAGACCCACGGCACCUCACCUUCGCACAAAGAGCUCCUUCAUCGAGUUCACGAGAGAGACGUGAACAACCGUUUCAUUCACCGAAGCUCACCGCAAGCUCCAGCUCCUCUUUGCUAUCACUGUUCAAACAUCACAGCAUUUCACAAACUAGUUGCAGCUUUUCAUGCCUUGUAGCCUCCAAAACCCAUUGCCAUUGACCACACUAGCGGUUCCCUCUUCGAUUCGAAGCCCCAAUAGCUCCAAUAUAAGUCAUCGACUCAAACCCAUCUUACAUGCGUUCAAUCCCCACAAAAUAGAGUACCCAGAAAGCCCGAGUGCACCAGCUGCUGCCCUCGAGCCCCAGUUCCAGAACCCAGUCCAAUCCGGUACACCAGCACUCUCCCGACGCACGCGAAGCUCCUUCCUCAACGCAAAAUCUCAACCUACGCCACUCCGGUUCCAGUUUCUGUUUGCAUUCCUAGAUCAGCGGCAGACUCAAUUCCCCUUCAGUCGAGCGACAGAAAUUGGGUCUUUAAAGGGGCUUACAGAUGAGUUGGACUCUCUAGGUGACAAUUAACACAUAUCUCUCUGUUAGUGGCCUAUUUCGAGAGGUUUCUAUUAUUCUAAUUAUCUACUGGAGCAAGGGAAAUUAAAUUUAGGAGCACGCAUUGUUGAGUUGUAUCCUUGUAUUACAGACUAUAUGUUGUCAUAUCAUGGAGGAGGCAUUAACAGAUAAAACCGUAACAAUAUCUCCAGCUUCUGCAAAUUUGGAGCAAGAUGAUGUUGAUGUUCAGAAACAUGAUCAUACUCAACUAUCAGAGGAGACAAAAUCUCUAGAUUGCAGUAAGAGUGAUUCAAAAUUAGACAAAGAUGAUGGGAAGUAUCAAGCUGGUGAAAAUAGUGAAAGUAAUAGCGUCUUGGAAUUCAAAUGUCGAGGAGAUAAGACAGGGGAUAUUAUUAAACAUGAUGACUUGAGCAAGAUGGAUGAGAGUAGAGACUUGGAGUCUAAAUAUCAUUGUGGAAAGUUAAAUAAUGAUAUUCAGCAAGUCGGCCUGCGUCAGGGUAAGAAUUUGGAGUCUAAACCUGAAAAAGGAACAGAACUAACCAUGGGGGAAAAUCUUGCCAAGGAAGAGUCGGAUCCUGUUUUUGAUGGAGUAGAGGUUCGUAGGAUGGAAGCCAAUACGAGUGCAUCUUUCCGUUCUUUGGGUGCUGAUCCUAAAUCUGAGGGAUCUGUGUGGCCUGAGAAAGCCAGGGCUCUUAGAAAGCUUGUCAAGGCUAAAAGUGUAGUUGCUGUCACAAGUUUUAUUCGUGCCCUCUCUGGGAGAAGAACUGAAUUUGGGCAGUUUCCUGUUGAUGAAGGCAAGGAAGCUCCAGAUUCAGUUAAAGAUACAGAACCUACAGAAACUUCUCAAAAACCAUUAGAUAGAUCUGCAUGGAAUCCUCUAAAAUAUAUUAUGAGUUCUCGCGAUGUUGAUCCAGACAACAAAACUGAGCAGGGGGUGGGAGUCAUUGAAGAACCACCAGAACCUAUAAUCAUGAAAGGGAAAAUUAUACUUUAUACGAGGUUAGGGUGUCAAAAUUGUAAAGAGGUCAGAUUAUUCUUGUAUAAUAAGAUGCUUAGGUAUGUUGAGAUUAACAUUGAUGUAUACCCUAGUAGAAAGCUGGAGUUAGAAAAGUUUACGGGGUCUUGUGCAGUUCCUAAAGUAUUCUUUAAUGAGAUUGUGAUUGGAGGGUUGAGUGAGCUCAAGGGUUUGGAUGAAUCUGGCGAGCUUGAAGAUAAAAUUGAUUAUUUGAUCAACGAAGCACCAACAUUUGAGGCUCCUCUGCCGCCACUUUCUGGUGAAGAUGAUGUUUCCAGUAGCGGGUCCAUUGAUGAAUUAGCUCUUAUUGUUCGAAAAAUGAAAGAAUCUAUAGUGGUUAAGGACCGAUUCUAUAAGAUGCGGAGGUUCUGCAACUGCUUUUUAGGUUCAGAGGCUAUCGAUUUCUUAUCAGAAACCCAGUACUUGGAGAGGGAAGAGGCUAUUGAAUUUGCACGAAAGCUUGCUAGCAAGCUUUUCUUUCGACAUGUUCUUGACGAGAAUUUAUUCGAGGACGGAAACCAUUUAUACUGGUUCUUGGAUGGCGAUCCUAUUGUGUCAUCACAAUGUUAUAACAUUCCUAGGGGUAUAAUUGAGGCAAAGCCAAAGUCCAUAAUUGAAAUUGCAUCAAGGUUGAGAUUUUUGUCUUGUGCAAUUUUUGAAGCCUACACAUCAGAGGAUGGAAAGCAUGUUGACUACAGAACUAUUCAUGGGAGUGAGGAAUUUGCAAGGUAUUUGAGGAUAAUUGAAGAGCUCCAAAGGAUAGGAUUUCAAGAUAUACGAAGGGAACAAAGGCUUUCUUUCUUCAUAAAUCUAUACAAUAUGAUGGCCAUACAUGCAAUAUUAGUUUUGGGCCAUCCAGAUGGAGCACUGGAACGAAGGAGGUUGUUUGGAGACUUUAAGUAUGUAAUUGGUGGGUGUACAUACUCACUUUUAGAAAUUCAGAAUGGCAUUUUGAGGGCCAACCAGCGUGCGCCAUACAAUCUCAUGAAACCAUUUGCUGUGAACGAUAAGCGUUCCAAGGCAGCUCUUCCCUAUCCAGAGCCACUGAUUCACUUUGCGCUCGUUUCUGGUACUCGAUCUGGACCUGCACUUCGAUGCUAUUCACCAGCAAACAUUGAUAAGGAAUUGAUGGAUUCAGCCCGUAGUUUCUUAAGAGGUGGAGGAUUAACAAUAGAUGUGGAUGCCAAGGUUGCAUAUGUUAGUAAGAUCCUCAAAUGGUUUAGUGUGGAUUUUGGUAAGAAUGAGGCAGAGAUACUGAAACAUGCAUCAAACUACCUGGAGCCUGCCGACUCAGAAGCUUUGCUGGAGUUGCUUGCCAGUGGUCAAUUAAAGGUGGUAUACCAACUUUAUGAUUGGGGUUUGAAUCUGUAGCCUUUUAUUUUUUUAUUUUUUGUAUACACUAUAUAUAGGUUACAACUUCCCUUGUAUACAGAUAUUUGCAUGAGGGAAGUAUCAACUGUUUUAUGAAAAUGAAAAAGAAAAAGAAAUAAUAAAAAAAUUCCAGCUCAAAAUGUCUCCGAAACCAUUUUGGUUUAGCGUUGAA